GCUCAUGUAUUUGGGUUCAGUUCCUCAGAGCGUGUGGAGGCUGAACAUUGACACACCUCAGGAAGCUCAGCAGAACUUGUCAUUUGGAGCUGCAGAUCGGUGGUGGGAACAGACAGAUCUGACCAAACUUCUGCUGUCUUCCAACAAACUCCAGAGCUUCUCUGAAGACGUCAAACUCCUCCCUUCCCUGGUUGUCCUGGAUAUCCAUGACAAUCAACUAAGCUCACUGCCUGAUUCUAUUAGAGAUCUAGAGCAACUACAGAAGCUCAUACUGAGUCACAAUAAACUGACACAAUUGCCGUCGGGUCUUUGGAGACUUACAAACCUGCGAUGUCUUCAUCUGCAACAGAAUCUGAUCGAACAGAUUCCUCAGGAUUCGGGCCAGCUGGUUAAUUUAGAUGAUCUUGAUCUCUCCAACAAUCAUCUAAUGGACAUUCCAGAAAGCCUGGCAAACCUGAAAAAUCUUGUGACAUUGAAUUUGUCCUGCAACAAGCUCAAGAGUCUCCCUCCUGCCAUCAGUGAAAUGAAAAACCUGAGAAUGCUGGACUGUUCCCGGAAUCAAAUAGGGAGCAUUCCUCCUGUCCUGGCUCAGAUGGAGUCCCUCGAACAGCUUUACUUAAGACACAACAAGUUACGCUUUCUUCCCGAACUGCACUGCUGUGAAACACUCAAGGAACUCCGUUGUGGGAACAACCAGAUUGAGGUAUUGGAGGCAGACCAUUUAAAGCACCGGAGUGCUCUGAGUUUCUUGGAGCUCUGAGAUAACAAGGUGAAGAACCUUCCAGAAGAAAUAACCCUACUGCAAGGCCUGGAGCGCCUGGAUCUUACUAACAAUGACAUCAGCAGUCUGCCGUGUGGACUUGGCACGUUACCCAAGCUGAAGUCUUUGGCUUUGGAGGGCAAUCCACUGAGGACGAUCCGCAGAGACCUCCUGACUAAAGGGACUGGUGAACUCCUAAAAUAUCUCAGAAGUCGAAUACAAGAGCAUCCAGAUGGAAGCUUGAAAGAAGAGCCAAAAACAGCAAUGACCCUCCCAAGCCAAGCUAAAAUCAAUGUGCAUGCCAUCAAAACUCUGAAAACACUGGACUACAGGUAAAAAAAAAUCAUCAGCAGCAACUUCGAGAGCAGGAUUUUGUGUAUUUAAUGGUAAAGCCUUUUAUUUAGCGAGAAACAUGAGGGAUCCAUCCCAGAUGAGGUGU